AUGCAGAAGAAAUGGGACCAACCAUCCACAUCGGGUGGACCACCCGGCGCACAGGAUCCAAAGAAGACAUGCAACCUGGAAACGUAUCUGGAUUGGUCGGCACGUCUCCGUCUGUUUGUUUGCAAUGAGAUACUGCAGUGGAGCAAAUUGCAAGUGACGUGCCAACAACUGGAUUGCAUGCAGCGACAUGCCGAGGGACAUGGUCAUUUGUGGCAGAAACAGGCAAUCGUCUUAAAUGAACAAGGCCAACCACAAAGUCUCAAGACUGAUAAGCAGGCUAAGGACAAGUCAUCCACAUCAAUAGGAGGAGAAGCAACAUCAACAUCAACAUCAGAAUGUGGAGGAGGAGCUACCACAUCAAUGGACUUAGAUGAGAGACCGUCGACCAGUGCGAGUGUGAUUGGGCAUCCAGUUGGCAUAACAGGCACUUCCGCCAUGAAUGCAAUGUCGGCACCGGAAACAGCGACAUUGCCUGUGGCUGGCAACAGCAAUGCGGAGCAGCCACCAACAUCAUUCCCUGCCACGCCAUUAACUGGAACGGCACUGGGCAAACCCAAUGAUUGGGUUGUUAUUCCAGUGUUUGCGGAUAUUGUUAAAUUGGCACUGGGCGAACGUGAGAACUGCUUGCAGCGCGUACAGCAGCAUAACAUCAGCAUCCACAAGCAAUUGGAUUUCCCUCCUCCACCCUUUUCCAUUGGAGUCCUACAUCAUUUUGAAUUGCAAAUAAAGCCGUUGACUUUUUAUCAUCCAUCAAAACAUACUUUUCUCACUCGCUUCCUCGCUCUUUCAUUCUACCCCUUUUUUUCAUCUUCCACCGCCACUGUGGGCUACGAUCGAAUGGCGGCCAUUGCCGGCGCGUUCAUCAAGCGCAUGCAGGCGAUGACAACGGCACAGGCGCCAUCCAGCGGGGAGUAUGUGCAGCAAGCUACAAAACUUAGCUGUGCAAAUAAGUAA